AUAAACAAACGGUGAAUUCACUGUUCACUGGUUUGAGUAAUUGACUUAUUGUACUUGGAAUAAUGAGAAAAGGAAGAAAAAUGAAGCCAAAGAAGAAUUGCUAGUCCCAAACAACAAUGGGUGUUAAUGAUUGGUGCGUCAAAUAGGAGUCAUCCAAAAUAAACCCGAAUAUGCGUCUUUCUAUAAACCAAGAUUCUCGACUUAACAAAGCAUCUUCCUCUCUCUUAUUCUAUUCCCUUUUCCCCUUUUUGUUUUUUUAUUCCAAAACAUUUCAUUCAAAAACCGCUUCUUCCUAAUUAUUUUCUCCUUGCAUUUUACUACAACUACUUCUCAACAUUAAUUAAUUCUCCAUCAGAAUUACUGGGUAGUACUAUACACCACUCUCCAACCAAGUGUUUGUGCCAGCAAGAAAUUGCUGGCACAUAACACAAAUUGAAUUGCAUCUGGUAUACUCAACAACAUGAGUCAAAACUGUACACAGAAUCACAGUAGAGUCCUCGAGGGUGUCCAUGGGGUCCAAGUGGUGCCUCAUUCACCGUUUUCUCUGACGGAAACUAAUCAAAGCGGGGAUCUUCAUCCAUCAACCGGUGCUACUUCAACUGCCAAAGCAAAUCAGUUGCUGAUAAUGCAACGGGCAUGGCAACAAAGACCGGCGUGCUUGAGACCUAUCCAUUGUAGUAUUAGUUGUCAUGGUGAUCAGCAUGUUGCUGAAACAAUUGCUAAUGUGCUUACUUCGAUUCCUUUUAUAGCUCUCGGAUUGACUGCCCCCAGGAAGAAUCUCAGUUCUAAAAUGUAUGCCAAUUCGUUAAUUGGAGUUGGAGUGGCCUCAAGCAUGUACCAUUGUUCAAGAGGAAAGUUGAGGAAAUUUAUGAGAUGGGUUGAUUACACAAUGAUAGCUACAACAACGGUUUGUCUGUCAAGGGCCCUCAGAAACGAGAACCCAAAGUUGCUGAUGGCGGCAUCUGCAGCCUUUCUUCCAGUUAAUCCAUUAAUGGUUACAGUUAUUCAUACCGGGAUGAUGGAGGUAGCAUUUGCUAAAAGGGCUUUGAAGGAUCCCGACUUGAGAAUGGCUCACACGGUGCACAAAAUGUCAUCAUUAAUGGGUGGUAUACUUUUUAUAGCCGAUGAUUUAUUCCCUAAAACUCCAUACCUUCAUGCUGCAUGGCAUCUUGCUGCUGCUGUUGGUGUUGGCACCUGCAAUAAGCUUCUUGAGUAGAUUUGCAUACUCUAAUCAAAAUGUGGAAGCAUCCAUUCUGUGAGAGUAUGAAUAGCAUCGUCAACAUAAUUUGCCGGAUUUACAUUACAAUCAGCAAUGCUUAAUAUUAUAUAGCAGUUCAUUAUGUUCUUGGAUCAUGUUUAUAUUGUAUUGUAGAUUUGCAGCUGGGUUCAAUUCAGAUUAGUUUGCCCAAUUUAUUUUACCUUAUUAAGUUGUUGUUGGAAACUUGGAUGUUCAUUAUUAGUAAAAUUUAUUAGUGGAAGGGAUUUGUCAGAAAAAAAAGGUUGUUAUUAUUGUUGCUCAAUCGUACAACAUUAUGCAGUAUAAUAUUUAUCUUAAUGUAUAUUUCUUGUUUA